GCAGUGCAUGAGUGGUCAGAAACCGCUGAAGAAGGGAAAGCCUUUCGACGUCAUCUAUUGGUUGACAUCUUUACUUCCCUGUGUAGCGGUACCAGAAACACAAGCAUGGCUCUUCACCGGUUAUUCCAGCUGUCCUCUCUCCUCCGCUCGGCGCUGUCCGUGACCCUGCGGAGAAACAUUGGGAUCUCCGCAGUGCUUUUCAACCGGGCCAAGGACAUGGACCCCGUCCAGAAACUGUUCCUUGACAAGAUUCGCGAUUACACCACCAAGAGCAAGGCCGCAGGUGGAGUGGUAGAUGGUGGGCCAGUCUACCAGAAAAAUGUGUCUGAGGAGGUCACCAAACUACAGAGGCUAUAUGGAGGUGGAGACCUCACCAAAUUCCCAGAAUUCAAGUUCCCUGAACCCAAACUGGAUGAGGUUGCCAAGUAAAGUCUGUCCACUCUGCACUACUCGUUCCGGUUUCUUUCUGUUCCAACAUUAACCAGUUGAAUAUUUAAUAAAUGAUCUUGAGAACAAG